CUAAUUUUUUCGUAAACAACUUUUUUUUCAAUUGUGCGCCAUUCUCGUGUCCGCGUUUCCCCGCGAAUGGCAGCCAGCUGGUGUUUGGCAGCGCGUAAGUAAUCCACGACGUGCACAUACGGUCACACUAAAAGGGGGGCCAUCGAUCAGCUGAUAACAAAUGAGUUUUAUUUUUAAAUUUAUUGCCACUUUUGUACGCAAAAUGCUGGAGCUGUUGCAAUUCGGAGGCAAGACCCUCACCCACACACUGAGUAUUUAUGUGAAAACGAACACGGGCAAAACGCUGACGGUGAACCUGGAGCCCCAGUGGGACAUAAAGAACGUAAAGGAACUGGUAGCUCCGCAAUUGGGACUGCAGCCGGAUGAUCUCAAGAUUAUAUUCGCCGGCAAGGAACUCAGCGAUGCCACCACUAUAGAGCAAUGUGACCUGGGUCAGCAGAGCAUUUUGCAUGCCAUCCGCCUGAGACCGCCUGUGCAGCGCCAGAAAAUCCAGUCGGCCACUUUGGAGGAGGAGGAACCUUCUUCGCUGGCUGAGGAGCCCUCCAAGCCGCUGAAUGAAACUCUGCUGGAUUUGCAGCUGGAGAGUGAGGAGAGGCUAAACAUCACCGAUGAGGAAAGAGUCCGCGCCAAGGCCCACUUCUUCGUCCACUGUGGCCAGUGCGAUAAGCUCUGCAAUGGCAAACUCCGGGUGCGCUGCUCCCUGUGCAAAGGCGGCGCCUUCACUGUCCAUCGAGAUCCCGAGUGCUGGGAUGAUGUUUUAAAAUCGCGUAGAAUUCCUGGGCAUUGUGAGAGCCUGGAGGUGGCCUGCGUGGACAACGAGGCUGGGGAUCCGCCCUUCGCCGAGUUCUACUUCAAGUGUGCGGAGCAUGUUUCCGGCGGGGAGAAGGACUUUGCCGCUCCCCUAAACCUUAUCAAAAACAACAUCAAAGAUGUGCCUUGCCUGGCUUGCACAGAUGUCAGUGAAACCGUUUUGGUCUUCCCCUGCGCCUCGCAGCACGUCACCUGCAUCGACUGCUUUCGCCACUAUUGCCGCUCCCGCUUGGGCGAGCGCCAGUUCAUGCCGCAUCCGGACUACGGCUACACCCUGCCCUGCCCCGCCGGCUGCGAGCACUCGUUCAUCGAGGAGAUCCACCACUUCAAGCUGCUGACGCGCGAGGAGUACGAUCGCUACCAGAGGUUCGCCACCGAGGAGUAUGUCCUGCAGGCGGGCGGCGUCCUAUGUCCGCAGCCCGGUUGCGGCAUGGGCCUGCUGGUGGAGCCCGACUGCCGCAAGGUGACCUGCCAGAGCGGCUGCGGCUAUGUGUUCUGCCGCAACUGCCUGCAGGGCUACCACAUCGGGGAGUGUUUGCCCGAGGGGACGGGAGCCGUGGGCCAAAACUCGUGCGAAUACACCGUGGAUCCCAAUCGAGCUGCCGAGGCGCGUUGGGAGGAGGCCAGCAAUGUCACCAUCAAAGUCAGCACCAAGCCCUGUCCAAAGUGUCGAACGCCCACGGAGCGAGAUGGCGGCUGCAUGCACAUGGUCUGCACACGCGCUGGCUGCGGAUUCGAGUGGUGCUGGGUCUGCCAGACGGAGUGGACACGCGACUGCAUGGGUGCCCACUGGUUCGGCUAGUCGUUCGUCGUCGUUUUGUUUUGUUGACUAUUUCUAAAUUGUAUACCAUAGUAAAGACUGCUCGAGCAACA